AUGGCAACGGCACACUGUACGGAGGUAGCAAAACCUGUGGUGUCGCUCUACUUUGCGAGUAUGACGGCUAAAGAGGUGAGCAAGAACAUGAACAAGCAGCACGGUGUACGAAGGGAGCCCCGAAGCAGUGGUGAAGGUAUCAAACUACGUAAACUUGCUGUAGAUGAAAGUAGCGCGAUGCGGUCACUGAUGAAACGUGCAGCUCCCGUUUUUGCACCCCGUUGCGGCAUGCUGCGCCCGGACAAAGAUGAUCUAAUGGAAAAGGAAAGGGAAAGGGAUCGAGAGAAAAGUCCUUUCGAAGAGCUGCUGGAAAGAGGAAUUGAGGAAGGAAUAGCAAAAAUUCAAUACAUAUCAAAACUCUCACCUGAGUCGGGGGAUGCAGUGAGGAAAGGGGAAGAUGAUACCGAUACCUCCAGUGAGACGCCGAGUUCCCCAACAACAAACAGUCUGUACAAGCAGGCCCUUGAAGUGUGGACGGAGGAGGAGUCUGCGCAGGGGUGCGUGGAUAGCGGCACUCAUUCCUUUCACACAAGUCACUCACUGGUUAGCGCCUUGGACAGGGGUCGCUUCCCGUUGGAUGCAAACUUAACGGUGACGAGGGCUGUAAAGAGAGUUGAAGAGGAUCUAAAGAACAGCAGCAGCGACGGUAAUCACUCCACCCCCGGGAAAGCAGCACUGCCUCCCACAGUUAAGGGCAAGCCUGGGUCACGCUUAACCCUUUUAGACCGGCUGCGUAAGAUCCCAGUUAGGAGUUGGGAUCUGCUUUACAACAUAACAACCUCGCCAGACACCACUGACAGCAGGAAGCACGGGAGGAAAUACUAUAUGGAACAAGGUCCCCUGCUACCUAAAAAGUGGCGUCAUCGAUUCGACUACGUCAAUUACAAGCAACAGUUCCAGCUAGAUGAAUCACUUUGCACUAGAGAUGUGUGUCGCAAUAUGGUAAUAAGGCACGAGAAGCGUUCGUCGCUUAAACCCCCUAUGGCUGCACUUGCUGAUGUGUUUGAACAACAAGACUCAGCGAAGUGCCGGCACGCGAAACACCGGAAAAAUCCGAGGAACGAUGACGCCAUGUGGUGUUCCGUUUGGGGAAGGCGAGCCAAUGAAAUUGCCCUUGAACGCCAGCGUGAACGCAUUAUCAAUGCUGUUAAAGAAUUUAAACUUUGUGUAGAGGCCGCAAAUCUCUCACGUGUAGCUGUGGGCAGACUUCAGAAGGAUCUUAUCAAAGUGAUACAAGAGUGGCCAUCAGACUACCGGAAGCGUCACAUCUUUACAACAGCAAACUUUGAGGAGUGGGUGAAAACUCGCUGCGCUGCGCCGUCGGCGGGUGAGUCUAGCAAGGCGGCACACUUGGCGGAGUCAAUGGCCUCCACUGCAGAGGCCUCAUUUGUAGAAUAUGUGCUCACCAUUUUGCCCCCAGGACAGCAGACUAGGCCAGGAACGAGAUAG